AUGGUUUUGCUACCCCGAAAGUCCGUGAUCCUGCUCCUCGUGGUCGUACUCUGCGUAAGCUUGUUAUACGAGCUCGAGAGUCUCACGGGAGCCGGGCACUCUGUCCUCCAGAUACUGCCUUCUCUCCGAGGGGCCAGUGGCCAGGGACAAUCCCCCAAAGAGGUCGGGCAUGAUGACCUCUUCAAAAUCCCACUUGUGAACGAGGAAUCCAUCAAGUCUGUUUGCAGAACAACGCAGUGGAAUGAGAGCUUGGUGUUCACCUGCAAUGAGUCGUUCGGUGGCAUCGGGAAUAUCCGCAACUCACUCCUGCUGUGUGUACGGUUUGCUAUGCAGGCUGGAGCAGCUUUGGUGCUCCCUCAAAUCCUGAUACGGGACGCCGACAUCACAAACUACAAGACACAAAAUGCCACAGACUUUGGCUACAUGUUCGACACACAACACUUCCUCAAGUCGAUGCAGCAGUCCUGCCCGGAGAUGACCAUCUAUGCAACCCUUGAGGAUGCCACAAAGAAUUCCAAUCUCGCUGGUGAUACAAAUCGGGUGCGCUUCCAAGCAGAGGCUCUGACUGGCGAUGGGCUCAUCAAGACCGACAAAUGGCGCGAAGAGUUCUAUUCUUGGUUAGAGGAAGAAGAGGUCGGCCCGGUAACAGGAAAGACAGGGCCAAUAGUCAUUGACCUCGAGCGCUGUUAUAUGUCUUGGCCCAUUUACUCAGACGGAGAAGCAUUCGCGUCGUCAUUCGGCUCGAUCUUGCAGCUGCGAGAGGACGUCAGGUUACUGGCUGGUAAAGUACUGAGGGCCUUGGCCGAGAAGCUAUCGUUCACUGAUGUCGAACUCAAGAGCGAUAUCUUGCCUGGCUCCUAUUUUGGUGCGCACCUGAGAGUCGAGCAUGACGCACAGGUCACUUGGAGUCCCAAAUUCGGGUGGACACAUGCCUCCUAUGAGAAGCAGGCAAAAGACUACCUGGCGCAAGCCUUACAGCCCCUCAGAUCGAGCCCAAAAGGUAUUUACGUGGCCUCGGGGGAUGUCGAGGGAACACGACGGUUUGCCAAAGACGCUGCCCGGAAUAACCUUACAGCCCUCAGUAAAUUCGACUUGCUGCAAGGCACCGCGGACUUGGAGACCCUGGAGGCGCUCAGGUGGGACCAACAAGCGCUCAUCGACUAUCUGAUCCUACUGAGAUCGUCAGACUUCGCCGGCGUUGCGCACUCGAGCUUCUCAUGGAGCGUUGCUCUCAAGCGUCACACCUGGACAAGGAAAGAGGGUAAAUAUUUGGACGCCCCGGAGAAGCUACAUGAUGAUCUGAGUGUCGUGUAUGGGGUUGUGGGCACCGAAAACUUCCCGGAAGCCUUGUGGCCUUAG